UUGUAAUGGUUUUGGACUCUAACCAGUGAUGUUUGAGUGCUACGUUGUCAGUUUGAGCGUUGAAUGUAUAAAACUGGUGACAUUAAGUUUAGUUUAGCUGACUGCAUGCUCUUCUCACGUGUUUUACUGCCAGUCCAGCAUGCAGGAAGACUCGACCCGCAGUCCCAGCUACGUAGUGCCAUGCGACGACUACGUCCACACGGUAGAGUUCAGUCCCUUCACCUCUGGCACCCCUGCCUCCCUCUUGGCCUACGGUGGAAACCAGUAUGUGGUGGUGGGCACCUGCCUCUUCCAGGAGGAGGAUAUGGAGGUGGAGGGGGUUGAAUUCAACGUUCUCCGAGCUUUCCGUCAUGACUUACGCGUCGAUGCUCUGGCCUGGAGCCCUGAAUCUCGGCUGGACAGGAUACCCACUAUCAGAUUGUGCACCGCGGCAGCUGACAGAAAACUACGCCUGCUGACUUCUGAUCUUCAGGACAAGCAUGAAUUCAAGGUGAUGGAGGGCCACACCAGCUACAUUAACCAUUUGGUGUUCGAUCCCACAGAAGGGAAACAAAUUGCUUCCGUCAGUGAUGACCACACUUGCAGGGUGUGGGACCUGGAUGGAAACGAGACCACCGUUCUCAGACUGCGCUCUCCUGGCGUCAGUGUGUGCUGGCACCCACAGGAAGUCUUUAAGUUAAUGGUGGCAGAGAAAAGGGGGACGAUUCGCUUCUACGACCUGGUCACGCAGCAGGCCAUCCUAUCGCUGGACUGCGCCCCGCUCAUGUCGGCCGACUGGUGCUUCACCAAUACCAUCAAAGUGGGCGCCGUGUCGGGCAACGACUGGGUCAUCUGGGACAUCACACGCUCCAGCUACCCACAAGAGAAGAGGCCUGCCCACAAAGACAAAGCGCGGCUCUUCAGGUGGUCUCGGGCCAAUGAGAACCUUUUUGCCACCACCGGUUGUCCCGGAAAGAUCAGUAGCCCGCUGCUCAUCCACCAUCUCGGUCACCCUCAGCCUGUGACGAUCGGAUCGGCCACGGUGGGGUCGGGCCUGAGCUGGCACCGGACGCUUCCCCUCUGCGUCGUCGGCAGCGAUAGAAAGCUUUGCUUCUGGAUGACGGAGAUGUAGCGGCACUGUGGAUGGAUGUCCUGUUUCUGUUUAA